CGGAAAUGGGGGCUUCUUUCAUGUUUGCUCUGCUUCGUGUUACUUCCGUUAGCCGUUAGCCUGCUAAAAGGACCCGAAUCCCACAGAGCCAAGGUCGCUUUCAAACAAGGCUUGUGUGAGCUAAAGGUGCGUUCUUCUGAGACAUUGGACCAUCAUGUGGAAUGGUUCAAGAUCUGGCCCACGAGGAGGAAUGCCUUUUCGUGGGGACCAUCGAGGGGAGAUGUUUGAUGGAAGAGGUGGACCAAUGCCUGGCUUCAGAGGACGGGAUGGAAUGAAUAUGGGUUCAGGGCCUCAGGACCGGCCACCUAUGGACAUGAGGAGGUUUGACUGUCCACCAGAUAUGAUGGGGCGAAACAUGGGCCAUUUUGACAGAGGAAGAGACCCUCCCCGAGACUUCUUCAGGCCUGGAGAUGAAGCUGAUAUGAACUUCAGAAGACAUUUUGAGAUGGAAGGCCGAAAUAAUCAGCAGAAUGCUCCAGGUUUUAUGGGGCAGGGUAGGCCUCCUAUGGAUAUGGGAGGCAGAGACAUGCCAGUUAGGAAUAUGAGGGGGCCUGAAGAUCAGUUCAUGGACGUGAGAGAGAGGGACAGAUUUAGAAUGGACAUGCCAGGUUUCAACAUGUCUCCAAUGGAUAUUAGAAGAAGGGCUUCUAUGGACCCUAUGGACAGAAAUGACAAUUUAAGAGAAAGAGAGAGGCCACAGAUGGGUAUGAGUGACAUUGACGGAUUUAGUAUGGAUAUGCCUCCACGAGAAAGGCCGGUGAUGGAUUUUGAGAGACGAGGUUUUGCCCCGCCGUUGAAUCCUAGAGGAAGGUUUGAAUCCGAUAUGGAUUUUAGGAAUCGUAUGGGAUCUCCAGGUGACUUUCGGGAACGAUCUCCCCAGAUGUUUCGGGACAAUGAUGGUGUUCCGAUGGAUGUUAGAGGAAGACCUGACAUGCCUCUAGAUCGCAGAGGUCCAGAGAAAGCCAUGCUUAGAGUAGGUGAACCAACUUUAAGGGACAGGGAGUUCCCUGAGCCAAUUGAGAACCCAGGAGGAUUUAGAGAUGAGGGCAGAUCGCUUACAGAGGAGUGGCGCAAGCAAGGCAUCCGGGAGAGAGACUCAUUUUCACCAGCAAUAAAUAGAAGUUCACCUUUCCCCAGAGAAAUGAAAGAGCGGUUUAUGCCUGGACAUGGCAAAGAGGCUGAUUUAGGAGAACCCUCCCAGUUCAAAGAAAGGGAGAGACCAUCGAUUGAGUUUCCAGGCAAAGAUUGUGGGUCCUUAGGUUUCUCCCGAUCAGAAAGAGAGGGUCCUAGUGGCCAAAACUGGGAGAAGAAUCUUCCUGCUGAUUUCCCAGGCAGAGAUCCCCCUCACCCUGUUCAGAAACCACCACUCUUGCCACUGGAUCCCACAGUAAAUACCCCAGGUAGAGACAGUGAUGGUAAACGCUGGCCUAGGGAUAGGGAUGAGAAGUCUGACAACACUGUACCAUCAAGUGGCAGGCGCCCAUUCUUUCCAGAAAAAAGCCUGUCAAACCAAGAGAGUCGCUUCUCAGGUGAUCAAGGAACCUUUAAGGGAUCUAAGGAUAUGCCUCUUGAUCAAGGGCCAAGGAAAGGGAAUCUGAUGCCAGGGCCCAGGGAACCUCAGAGUAACAGAGGGGAAAGACAAGACCAGGACUAUAGAGACAUAGAUUACAGGACCAGUUCAGGCCGGAAAUAUGACUAUAUCCUCGGGGAUCUUCAAGGUCCUGAAAAGAACUUGAAAGAAUCUAAAUUGGCUCCACCUGAAAGACCAAAUGACUCUGGUUCUCAGGACCAGGAUUACAGGAGUUCUUGUGGUCAGGAUAAGGUGUCAAAUACUAUUGCCAUCUCUGGAAUUCCCAAAACUGCUACAAUGCAGCAGAUACUGGAUGCCUUUGCGGUUCGUGAUGGAGUGCCAAUGCAAGGCAUGAAGAUAAAGGAUGUUGUUCCAGGUUACAGCUACGAUACGGCCUAUGUGGAGUUUUUAAACCUCGAGGAUGCUGUCCACUUCAUGGAGUCCAACCAGGGCUCUGUUAAAGUUGGUAGCAAGACUGCUCUGUUGAAGUAUAUUCAGCCUGACAGAAAUGCAAAAGAACAGCCAAAGGACCCGCUACCUGAAGCCCUUCCGCCCAAACAGGACGGCCUGCUGCCAAGUCCGGUUCCACUCAAGCCACCAAAUGUGAAGGAGGAAGGCUGUGGCAAUCCUCUGAAUGAUCCCCUCUCUCAGGGUGUGUGGCAGAGAAGUUCCACUCUGACACCUGAAGCUUGGCAGCAGCAGGUCGACAAACAACUUCAGGAGCAGGAGGCGGAGAAGCAAGCUGAGGAAUGGGCCAACCAGAGAGCGUCUCGUCACAACCUCCAACACUCAGAUCCAGUCUUCAAGGAGAGCAAGACAAUGAUCAUUAAGAACUUACUUCCCACCACCACGGUCGAGACAAUUCUUAAGGCGUUGGACCCCUUUGCUUACCUUGAUGAACGCAAUGUCCGUCUUGUCAAAGGAAAAGCCCCUGGGUCCAAGUGCUUCUGCUUUGUUGAUAUGGACUCCCAUGAGCAUGUGACACGAUUGGUGGAGCUGUUAACCAAACCCCGUCCGAUUAUGAUUGAUGGAGUCAGAGUAUAUGCAGAGGUGGCCAAGCCUCUAAAGAAUCAGAACUACCGGAGGGACUAUGAUAAAUCAAACACAUCUCUUUUGGGUUUUCCACCUGAUGUGAUGGAGCAGCAGCAACAGCAGUACUACCCUCAGCCGCCCCACACAGCCGUAGGUGUUCCACCUGCCUUGCAAGGGCAUACAGUUGUCACAGAUUCCUCCUUGGCUUCAGCUGCAAUGCAGAGCUCAAGCUUAACACAGGGUGUGAUGUACUCAGAGGCUCCUGCAUUGGAGCACUCAGUCCAGGCUGCACCUUUACCUGACUCCGCUCUUGCUGCCUCUGCUGAUGGUUCUGAUGCCUACAGCUAUGGCUCAGAUACUCCAGAUUUGUCUGCCUUCCUCUAUGAUGCUACAUCGGGCUUCUACUAUGACCCCCAGACCACACUGUACUACGACCCCAACUCAAGAUAUUUCUACAACGCUCAGACUCAGCAGUACCUGUACUGGGACGGCACCUCAAAGACAUACAUACCAGUGGAAGGAGCCAGCACAGAUGCUCAGGAGCCGAGUGCAGAGGGUAGUGCUCCAGCGGAGAUAUCUGCUGAGGCUGUGCCGGCAGCAGCCAUGCCCGUGGUGGAGGAGUUAAAGGUGGCUCCAGAUGGAGUGCCAGAGCGGCGGGAGGACGAGGAAGCUGCCCCACGUGCAGAAAAGAAAGAGAAGGAGAAAGAAGAUAAGCCUAGGAGCUUGGCUGCGUUCAAGAUUAUGAAAGACAUGGAGCGCUGGGCCAAGAUUCAGAAUCGGCAGAAGGAAACAGUGCGUGCUCCAUCUCCUGUCCUCAAGAGUGGAACAGAAGACAAGAAGACCUCCAAGGCAGCUGACGCGGCCUUUGCUGUGUUUGAAAGAAAGGCCACAGGCGGUGAUGACCUAUUCAAAAAGCCCCUAGCCCCACCAAAGAAAGACGAGAAAGGUUCAAAGCGGCCCAUGGGCUCUCUAGGCAUGCUAGCGGCUGACUAUGCAGCAGGCAGCGACGAUGAGGAAGAGGAGAAGCACGAGAAACAUGAAGCACCACAGCCUGCCAAGAGCCAGCUGCAGCCCGAGGAGAAGGAAGACAGACUGACGGACUGGAAGAAGAUGGCCUGCCUGUUGUGCAGGAGGCAGUUCCCCAAUAAAGACGCCCUGAUACGCCACCAGCAGCUCUCAGAUCUGCAUAAGCAAAACAUGGAAAUCCACCUGAAGAUAAAAAGGUCAAAGAGAGAGCUUGAAGCCUUGGAAAACCAGGAGAAAGAGCUGAGUAUGAAAGAGGCCAACAGUCCACCUGAAGCAAAGAGACGAAAACAGCCGAACACAUGGGCCGGCACUUCCAGGGACACACAGAAAACGAGUGAGCGACCAGGUUUAGGUAUGGAGACCACAGAGCGGAAGAAGAAAGAACCAGUUGUCUGGAACUAUGCCACAUACAAACAGGCAGUACGGAAGGCGAUGUUUGCUCGUUUUAAGGAGCUGGAAUGAUUGCCACAGCGUAUGAGGAGGAAAUUAAUGAAAUAGAUCCACUCCCAAAAAAUCAAAAGCAUUUCUUUCGGCAGCUUGUUUCAGACGUUAUUCUGUAAGCUAGCAGACAAUUCCUGGUGAAUCACUUUGUGACUGAUCUCCAUUUUGUGGUUUGGUUUUUGUGCCUGUAAUUGUUAUGAACACAUUUUUUCCCAGCAGCCCUAAGUCCUGAGUUCUGCUGUACAGGCCCUUUUUGUAGCUCUAUUGUUCAGGGCUUUUAAACACUUUUAUUUUCCUUACUUGAUCUCAACUUUGUAUCAUGUGCAUUG